AUGUCCUUUUACGAUUCAGAAACAUAUACCAAUGACAAUCAAAAUUCGCGUUCUGAAUCCAGUCGAUCUUCUCGAGAAUCACCCGUUCAAAAUGUGAAUCUAGACAAUGAGAUAAGUACUACCACUAGUCUACCUAGUAACUUGUUUUGGCGCAGUCGAAGUCAACCUCCGUUCGGUGAAAAUUCAAACCACGUGAAUACACCAUGUGGACCAAAUUUUUUAAAUACCGAGUCCAAUCAACAAGUGUCUGUAAUAAACCAUGCUUACCCGGGUCGCACAUUAGGGAGUUCGCACCAAACAGUUGGAGCUGGUUUGUCUGGUAGUACCCGCUCCGUUGGUCUAGGUAGCACAAACAGAACUUCUGUGGUUGGAACACCUCGAAGCACUCAUCAGCGCCGUUUGCUUCGAAUGGCUCGUUUCACACAAAAUCGUGAUAGUAUUCCUGGCUUAUUGAGCAGUAGCAGUAGUAAUAGUAGUCUUCUUGGUCGAUAUCGCACAAUAAGUGGAGUCAACUCACGUCCUCAAUCCAUUGAUCCUUCUGUUUGUGAAUCUCAUCUGUCUCGUUUAUUGAGAUUCUCUUCACUUCGAUUUGACGAUAGUGUGUCAGACGAGGCUGAAACAUCAGUAAAGAGACAGGAAUCACCUUUAGGUGACUGUUCAAAUGAUGAAUUCGCUGAGCUUCCGGUUAGAUUGGGUCCGACUCAUUACAAUUUUCUCCCAGCUAACAGAUCAUCAGAGCAAAUCCCACUUUCACACUCACUACCUUCAUCAAAUAGCCCUUCACAGGAACCUCCUCAGGAACAACCACCACUCAAUCCCGGUAACACCCAUACAAACAACUUAUCUCCCAUUCCCAAUUCAUUAAUACCAACGAAUUCUGAUUGUGAUAAUGACAACCAAGAUGGUAACUGCUCAGCUUCUGCUACUAGUACUGAUCUAACAAGUAUCUGGAUCCCACCAACUCCAAAACAAUGUGUUGUGAAAUUCCCCAAGCGUGGAGAUCUGGACCAUCGAAGAGGUGUAACUGGAGCGAGUUCGAGUUAUCAACCUGAAGCCGAUCAUGAUUUUUAUCAAAAUUCUUGUUUUGUAUCGAAGUCACCGCAUAGAAGUAGCGAUCAUGUAUAUAGGACGUUUGCUAAACUUAAUGAACUUCGUUGCCAUGGUUUAUUUUGUGAUGUGGUCUUACAAGCUGGUUCAGUGAAGGUACCUGCUCAUCGAAAUGUAUUGGCAGCCAGUUCCCAGUAUUUUCAUGCUAUGUUUACUGGAUCAAUGACUGAAGCUCGUUCUCCCUGUGUGGAAUUUCGUGGGAUAGAAAGUUCGGCUCUCAUUCAGCUUGUCAACUUUAUUUAUACAAAUGAAAUCAAUGUAAAUGAAGAGAAUGUCCAAACACUUUUACCGGCUGCUAAUUUAUUACAGUUAACAGCUGUUCGUGAUAUUUGUUGUGAAUUUCUUCAAUUUCAAUUGCAUCCUAGUAAUUGUUUAGGAAUUCAAAGAUUUGCUGAUCUACAUAAUUGUCAAGAUUUACUUGAUUUCACUAGACGCUUUACAGAACAACAUUUCGGUGAGCUAUUAAAACAAGAUGAUGAAUUUGUAAAAUUGAGUUCAGAUCAACUCAUGGAAUUAAUCUCUAGUGACAGAUUAGCUGUUUCUGAAGAUCAAGUUUUUGAAGCUGUUCUUCGAUGGAUUGCACACAACCCAUCUAAACGACAAAAAGAAGCUCAAAAUCUUUGUUCACACGUUCGAUUCGCGUUACUUCCACGAGAUUAUUUAGUACGCCUAAGUCAAUCAGAUAAUUUCCUGACUGUGAAUCCAUGGUGUAAAGACUAUUUAAUUGAAGCUCUCAGCUACCAUUUACUACCAUGGGAUCAAAAAUUGCGUAUGGCUUCUGAGCGUACAAAACCGCGUACUCCUGUUGGUUUACCGAAAAUUCUACUUGUUAUUGGUGGACAAGCUCCUAAAGCUAUUCGUUCUGUGGAAUGCUUCGAGUUUCAAGGAGGUUCUUGGACUUCAUUAUCUAGUGAUUUUGUGCAAAGGGAUAACUCUUCAUCGUCCACCAGUCAACUUGUGUGUAAUCCAUCAGCAUCUCAAUCUACAUCAAAUAGCUGUGCCAAUUCAGUGAUUCCUAAUGUUAACUGUAAUAGUGAUAGUAUUUGUAAUUUGAUUGUAUCUGAUCUUCCAAGUAGACGUUGCCGUACUGGUGUGGCUGUUCUAGGUGGGUUGAUUUAUGUGGUUGGAGGGUUUAACGGCGCUUUACGUGUGCGUUCAGUUGAAGUGUACGAUCUUUUACGCAACACAUGGCAUUCUGGACCGAAUAUGGAAUGUAGGCGCGCUACUCUGGGUGUUGCUGUUUUAAAUGGUUUAAUCUAUGCAGUGGGCGGUUUUGAUGGGACUGUCGGUCUUAAUUCGGCCGAAGUUUUGGAUAUUUGGUCUGGUAGUUGGCGACCUAUUCCAUCUAUGACAUAUCAGAGAUCAUCAGUAGGAGUCGGCGCUUUAGAUGGUAAAUUGUAUGCUGUUGGUGGGUAUGAUGGAACAGUUCGUCGUUGUCUUUCUAGUGUAGAAUGUUAUGAUCCUGUCAGUGAUUCCUGGUCCCUGGUUUCGGAAAUGACAUGCAGACGAAGUGGACCUUCUGUUUGUGAAUUAAACAACCGUCUGUAUGCUGUUGGUGGUCAUGAUGGACCAACUGUACAAACUUCAGGCGAAGUGUUUUCUCCAGAGACAGGGACUUGGCAACGUAUCGCGGAUUUAAAUGUCAAACGUAGAAAUGCAGGUCUAGUAGCACACGACGGUUUUUUAUAUAUUAUUGGUGGUGAAGAUGGUGAGAAUAAUUUGACCAGUAUAGAAAAAUAUGAUCCUACUGCAAAUACAUGGUCAAUACUUCCAAGCCAUUUAACAACUGGUCGAAGCUACGCUGGUGUGGCCAUUAUUGAACGGAGUUUUAUCUAA